GUUCGGCGCUGGGGUUGGUAAGGUCGGGCCAUGGUGGGGCAGAGGUUGGAAGAUGGCGUGGCGAGGCUGGGCGCAGAGAGGUUGGGGUUGUGGCCAGGCGUGGGCUCCGCCGGUGAGCGGCCGCAGCUGCGAGGAGCUCACUGCGGCCCUAGCCCCGCCGCGGCUGCUCGGACGCAGGUUUAACUUCUUUAUUCAGCAAAAAUGUGGAUUCAGAAAAGCACCCAGGAAGGUUGAACCUCGAAGAUCAGACACAGGGACAAGUGGUACAGCGUACAAAAGAAGUGUUUUGAUUCCUCCUGUGGAAGAAACAGCCUUUUAUCCUUCUCCCUAUCCUAUAAGGACUCUUGUAAAACCUUUGUUUUUUACUGUUGGGUUUACAGGCUGUGCAUUUGGAUCAGCUGCUAUUUGGCAAUAUGAAUCACUGAAAUCCAGGGUCCAGAGUUAUUUUGAUGGUAUAAAAGCUGAUUGGUUGGAUAGCAUAAGACCACAGAAAGAAGGAGACUUCAGAAAGGAGGUAAAGAUAAACAUUGCUUUCUUUGUUCUAGUGGACUUUAGAUCAAACUGUCUUUACUCUUCUUUUUACUCUCCCCAAAUUAUAAAUAUUUAUUUCAUAGGUAUCAUAGCUGCAAAUGUCUUUGUAUUCUGUUUAUGGAGAGUCCCUUCUCUACAGAGGACAAUGAUCAGAUAUUUCACAUCCAAUCCAGCCUCAAAGGUCCUUUGUUCUCCAAUGUUGCUCUCAACAUUCAGCCAUUUCUCCUUACUUCACAUGGCAGCAAAUAUGUAUGUUUUGUGGAGCUUCUCCUCCAGCAUAGUGAACAUUCUGGGUCAAGAGCAGUUCAUGGCCGUAUACCUGUCUGCAGGUGUUAUUUCGAAUUUUGUCAGUUACGUGUGUAAAGUUGCCACAGGAAGAUAUGGACCAUCACUUGGUGCAUCUGGUGCAAUCAUGACCGUCCUCGCAGCUGUCUGCACUAAGAUCCCAGAAGGGAGGCUCGCCAUUAUCUUCCUUCCGAUGUUCACCUUCACAGCAGGGAAUGCCCUGAAAGCCAUUAUUGCCAUGGAUACAGUGGGGAUGAUCCUGGGAUGGAAAUUUUUUGAUCAUGCAGCACAUCUUGGGGGAGCUCUCUUUGGAAUAUGGUAUGUUACUUAUGGUCAUGAACUCAUUUGGAAGAACAGGGAGCCUCUAGUGAAAAUCUGGCAUGAAAUGAGGACUAAUGGCCCCAAAAAAGGAGGUGGCUCUAAGUGAAACUGGGGUUGGACAGUACUGGUGCAUCCGGGCUGUGCUGCCUGGGAGCCCCCAGGAGCACCUGGGCCCUGGAGUGACCACAUCUGUGCUCCUGCUUGGAAGACACCGGCACCUGGCCUCCCAGCAAUUUAAACUGUGUCCCCCAGUCCAUGUCUUACUAGAAAGUGAAUUAUGACAAAGUUGGAAAUAAAGGUUUAUAUCUCUAGUUUGUAAGCA